ACGCGUGCCCCAACAGCACACUGAUUGGGGAGACUGAGCGUCCCGCCACACUCUGAUUGGCGGAGCUACCUUGCUCUGAGGUCUGUCAGCUUCUGCGACCAAAUUCUCGCGGCCCGGUAGUGUCGCAGUAGCUGGGUCUCUCAGUCCGUGGGUCACAGCUGGACCAGCAGGGCUGUUCCUACUUCCUCCAGGAGUAAUAGUUCGCUUGGUUCAGCCCGUACCCCACUUCGAGGCCUCGGUCAUGUUCUCCAGGGCCCAGGUGAGGCGAGCUCUGCAGUGGGUGCCCGGGAAGCAGCGAUUCGGCAUCUACAGGUUCCUGCCCUUCUUUUUUGUCCUGGGAGGAACAAUGGAGUGGAUCAUGAUUAAAGUGCGCGUGGGCCAGGAGACCUUCUAUGACGUCUACCGUAGAAAAGCUUCAGAAAGACAGUAUCAGAGAAGGCUGGAAGAUACAUCAGAGACCCAUCUUCAUAAAAUAAAGUAAAUAUGAAUUUUCAGUA